AUGCUAAAGCUGCUGUGUGCAAGCCUGCUCGUGCGCUUUGGCUUGGUCAUUUGCGCACCUGCCUCGGAUGCACCCUUGGAUCUGAUCAGCAUCAGCCGUUCAGCAGAGGCUACCCCAAUCUCGUUCGGUGCCGUUGGACCCAUCCGCUACCGGGUCAAGAUGCAAGCUCGCGUCAAGACUGGCUGUGGGGCAUACUCGAUCAGUUGCGAUCAUCCCAGGGCCCAAGAGCCAGCCGAAUACGAGUCAGAACAUGUGUUCUAUAUCUCGUGCACUCGGCCUAGCAAACAGCCCCCGAACUGCGAGAUCCUGACCGUCAUCGAGGGCGUCUCGUUCGAUCUCGUUCUGAACAUCUAUGACGAAAAGACGUACUCUGCAAAGGCGCAUUGGAGCGUUCGUCAUACAGACUCGCCUUUCAAAGAAUGCUGUCUCUUCACCUUCUUUGGAACCUUCUACAUCAAACCUUUGAGCAAAAAGAGCACCGUCAAGUCGGAGUACAGAUUGGGCUGCACGACGCGCACAUCGGAAUUCACUCCCUUGCCCACGCUUUGUCUGCCUUUUUUGAUACAAGACGCGCAACAGUCGCAAUGGACGUGCACACCACUGAAGCCGGUUCAGAUCGAGCUUCUGACAGACAGCGCCUCUUCUUAG